UCAAUAAAAUGUUUUCAUUUAAAAUAUUAAACCACUUACAAACAAAUUAAGCCACCAGCCACCCCCCCCAAAACACCCCACAGUUUAAAAAUACACACUAUAAAUCAUUGAAGGGCACCACAGGGCUGUACUAAUACAGCCUAUGCUUGUAGAACUUGAGUUUUAAUGUCUAGGCUGAUAUACAGAUUUGGUGCAAGCAUAUGGAAAGCUCAGUGUUCCUUUUGCUAAUAUUCACAAGCUCACCCUACAAUUUAUGGGAACAUGCAAGAGGCCCAGAAUAUCUAAACUAUUUUGAAACAGAAGAAUAAAUUUGGAAGAUUUACAUUAGCUGCCAUUAACCUUGCUACAAAAUUAUACCACCCAAAAGAGUAGUAUUGGCACAAUGAUAGACCAUAAGUCAACUGAAUAAAAUUGAAGAGCCUCAAGAGAAACCCUGACAUUUAUGAUCAAUGCAUAAGCAUAUGAGGAUAGUUUAAUGGAGAAAGAGUAGUAUAUUGACUAAAUGCUGCUGGAAGGUUGAGACAACCAUGUCCAGAAUAAUUAAGUUGGACACUUUGUGCAUACUGUAUAAACACUCUGGAGCAAAUGGAAGAGUUAAAAGUUGUAUAAUUCGCCAUUUCUGUGAGAACCGGGAAGGAUGCUGGUGUAGAGGACAUUCACUACCAUGAGUUCUGGUGCAUUGCCAAAACCUCAGAUGCAUGGUCUUCUGGCCAAGCGCCUGCAGGUUCACAUUGUUGGUGCAUUCAUUAUGGCCCUGGGAGUUGCUGCUUCCUAUAAGUUUGGUGUGGCUGAACCUAGAAAGAAUUAUGACUCUAUGAAGGACUUUGAAGAGAUGAGGAAGGCUGGUAUCUUCCAGAGUGUGAAGUGACAUCAGAAUGUACAGAAUUCUUUGGAUUGCACUCCAUAGAAGUUCAUUGUUGACCUGUGUUCCUGAACUAUGAAACACGAAUAUGUGGGCUAAGGAGUAGUUUACCUCAAUAAACAAUUAACAAUUUUAUGGACAAAACAAUGCUCUAUAACUCUUAGGAGGAAAUGUAGAUAUUAAUCUUUUAAAGUAUGAGUUUGGAAAUGAUUUCCUUUUUUAAUGCAAGUCAAAAGUAAUAAAAGAUAAUACAAACAGGUUGGACUUCAUCAAAAUGAGAAGAAGAGGAGGAGAAGGAAGAAGAAAAAGAAGAAACAUAUUGCAAAUUAUACCAUUAAGAAUGUGAAACAAGCCGGGUGGUGGCACACAUCUUUAAUCCCAGCACUUGAGAGGCAGAGCCAGGCA